AUGGUUUCUAACUGGACAAAAAUUCCACCACCACUUUUCAAAAAAGUUGUCCUUGUGCUGAUAGAUGCUUUGAGAGAUGACUUUGUGUUUGGACCUAAAGGUAAACAGUUCAUGCCCUAUACUACACAGGUUGUUGAGAAAGGGACAUCCCACAGUUUCAUUGCUGAAGCAAAGCCACCCACUGUGACUAUGCCUCGAAUUAAGGCUUUGAUGACUGGUAGCAUACCUGGUUUUAUUGAUGUUAUUGUGAACCUCAAUUCUCCAGCUCUUUUGGAUGACAAUUUGAUAUGGCAGGCAAAAACAGCUGGAAAAAGAAUGAUUUUCUAUGGUGAUGAUACUUGGGUUAAAUUGUUUCCGAAGCAUUUUGUGGAGUAUGAUGGAACAACAUCUUUCUUCGUGUCAGAUUUUACAGAGGUUGAUGAUAAUGUUACCAGGCACUUGGACAGAGUGUUGAAGAGAGAAGACUGGGAUAUCCUAAUAUUACAUUAUCUAGGACUAGACCAUAUUGGUCAUGUGACUGGACCAAACAGCUCAUUAGUGGGACCGAAGCUUCAUGAAAUGGAUAAUAUCCUCAAAAAGAUUCAUAUUUCUCUUCUUUCAAAGGAAGGAGAGGCUUCUCUGCCCAAUUUACUAGUUGUUUGUGGGGAUCAUGGAAUGUCUGAAACAGGCAGUCAUGGUGGUUCUUCAGAAGAAGAAGUGCACACACCACUGCUAUUUGUCAGCUCUGCUUUUGAAAAGAGAAGUGGUCCUUUUAGCCAACCCGAAGUUGUGCAGCAGACAGACUUAGCUAGCACACUGGCAGUAGGUCUUGGUCUACCUAUUUCAAAGAACAGUGUUGGGAACCUUAUAUUGCCGGUUGUGGGAGGCAAGACUAUGAGAGAACAACUGCGCUUCUUGCACUUAAAUGGAUUCCAACUUAGCAGACUGCUGCAAGAGAAUACACCUGCAUACGAAAAAGAUCCUGGAUAUGAGCACUUCAAGAUAGCAGAAAAGUCCCAUGGUAACUGGAUCAAACUGUACUUAGAUGGGAAUAAUUCAGAAGUACUCUUAAAUCUUGGCAAAAAGGUCCUGAAGCAGUACCUGAAGGCCCUGAAGACUCUGAGUUCUUCACUAAGCAAGCAAGUGGCACAAUAUGACAUGUAUUCGAUGAUGGUGGGAACUGUGAUUGUUCUGGAGGUUCUCUUUCUGCUUUUGCUCGUCACUCCCAAAGCUCUGAGCAGCCGGGCAGAAUUUGAAGUGCCCCUCUCACCCCCGCUCUUCUCCCUGCUGUUUUACUUGAUGUGCCUGGUGCUCUGUGCUGUUCACGUCAUUGUGUGCACCUCAGCAGAAAGUUUAUGCUAUUUCUGCAGUAUGUCCUGGUUCACGGCAGCUGGGGUCAUGGUGCUGAUUUCCGCACUCCUAUGUGGAAUUUUGUCUGCUGUGGGAAAAGCCCUGGGGAAUUCCAGACCUCCAGUGAAGAAUCCGGUUGUGUCCAAUUCCAGCUGGUCAGAAGUUGACGUACUGAUUCUGGCAGGAACAAUUGGUCAUGUCUUGAGUUUGGGUGCAAGCAGCUUUAUAGAAGAGGAACAUCAAACCUGGUAUUUUCUUAUCAAUACCCUUUGCUUGGCACUGUGUCAAGAACUUUGUAGAAAUCAUUUUAUUCUGAAGGAAGGUGGCUCUCAGCAUAGCAUCACUCUGAAACAAAAUUUUGACAAUGCCAAGGAAACCUAUGAGUGCAAGAAUAUUGAUAUACCUGCAGCAGAUGAUGCAAAGUUGGGAAAGGUCACUGCUUCUGCUGAGUUCUUAAAAGGAUCUGAUAAGUGGAUAAGCUUAGCAAGUCCAUGGAUCAUCCUUAUUUGUUGUCGGUUACUUCGGUCCCUGAAUCAGACAGGAGUUCAGUGGGCUCAUCGGCCAGAUUUUGGACACUGGUUGACAAGCUCAGAACACAAAUCUGAACUCUCCUUUUUGGCUGCAGUCUCCCUGGUUAUGAUCUUCAUUCUGGUUCAAAGAAAAUGCUCUCUGGUUUCAAAAAUCGCUAUGGCACUUGGGCUCUUGGGAGUCUACAGUUACCGGGCAGCCAUUGGAAAUAUAAUAUUUCCAUGGCAACAUGACAGCAAAGAUAUUUCAAAGGGCGUUACUGAAGCUCGUUUUGUUUAUGUCUUUGUUCUUGGCAUAGUCUUCACUGGCACUAAAGAUCUGCUGAAGUCACAGGUUAUUUCUGCAGACUGCAGUGUGAAAAGCACAGGGCUGUGGGAAGUUUACAGUGGACUGGUUCUGUUGGCAGCCCUCCUGUUCAGACCUCACAACUUGCCUGUCUUGGUGUUCUGUUUGCUGAUUCAGACUAUGAUGACGAAAUAUAUCUGGAGACCUCUGAAAUUCGACGCAGCGCAGACCACUAUCAUGCACUACUGGUUUGGCCAGGCUUUCUUCUAUUUUCAGGGAAAUUCGAAUGGCAUUGCUACUGUGGAUGUUUCAGCAGGGUUUGUGGGACUGGACAGUUAUGUAGAGAUACCAGCGAUCUUCCUGACAGCAUUUGCCACAUAUGCAGGACCUCUGCUUUGGGCCAUCCAUCUGCUGUGCUACCUAAGUUCUGAAGUUAGCAGGAAUUCGGCAGCAAUGGGUCACGGCUGCUUCUGCUACGCUCUGGUACGCUCGGUCCCAGUCGCCGUCUACAUCAUUCUGGUCACCAGCCUGCGCCACCACCUGUUCAUAUGGAGCGUCUUCUCCCCAAAACUGCUCUACGAGGGGGUGCACGUGUUCAUCACGGCCGCUGUCUGCUGGUUCUUCACCGCCAUGGAUCAGAACCGGUCUCGCAGAGCGCAGGACUGA